AUGGGUGGAAGCACUAUAACUCAUGUGGAAGAUGUAUCUGGACAGAAUUCAAAUGGGACAGUCCACGCAAAGACAUUUGUACUGGUAGUGGCAGUCAAUAUGGUGUAUUUUGCCCAGCUCAUCAGCGUUGUUGGAUCCGGUAGCCUGGGUCACAGUAUUGCAGCAGUAACGGGGGCAACAGAGUAUCAGGUUUGGUUCACAUCGUCAAUUACCAUAUUGACGGCUGCCCUGAGUCCUCCGGUUAGCCAAGCCGCAGAUUACUGGGGCCGUAAGUGGCCAUUAGUGUUCUUUACUUCUCUGGGAUGCAUCGGCAGCGUCGUCGUCUCUCGAGCUAAUUCUCCGGGCUCGAUACUUGCUGGGUUUGUGAUCAGUGGCAUCGGCUUUGGCGCUCAGCCUUUGGUUGCAACUAUCUCUUCUGAGGUUCUUCCUCGCAGAUGGAGACCCUUUGCUCAAGGUUUUUUCUGCUCUGCAGGCGCCUUAUCUGCAGUGGCAUCCCUACUGUUUGGAGGGGCACUGGUACGUGAUGGCAAUAAUGAGGGCUUUCGGGUAUAUUACUAUGUAUGUGCAGGUGUCUUCGCGUUGUCGGCCCUCUUAUCUACGCUCCUUUACAACCCCCCGCCACGGAAUCUCCAAGUAGAACUGAAAUUUUAUGAAAAACUCGGAAAAUUGGACUGGCCUGCUUAUGCUUUGUUGACUGGCGGAACUGUCCUCUUUUGCAUGGGUUUGUCAUGGUCACAAAACCCAUACUCAUGGUCAGACCCGCAUGUGGUGGCUCCGUUCGUUGUUGGAGUUGGCUUGCUUAUCGGCUUAAUAUCCUACGCGUUAUUCGUCAAAAAGGAUGGAAUAGUUCAUCAUAAGCUCUUCUUACAUCGAAAUUUUGCAAUCGCUCUUGGAUGCCAGUUUGUAGAAGGCUUGAGUUUUUUCGCUUCUAACAACUACUGGCCGUCGGAGACUCGAAAAUUCUUAUCGCCAGAUACACUCCUAGUUGGUGCAAAUUACACCGUUGCCUUCAUCGCGGGUAUAAUCAUUGCGGGUUUUGGUGCAGCGUUUUCAUGGAAGACAAAGCUACUCCGUCCGCCUUCUACGUUGGCAUUCGUCUUAUUUAUCAUAUUUGAUAUCCUGGCGGCAACCAUUACGAUAAAUACCCCAGACGCCAAUUUCUGGGUCUAUCCCAUCUUUGUCGGAGGUGGAAUGGGAUUAUGCUUGGCUAACGGCAUGACGGUGGCGCAAUUCGCGACUCCUCUUGAACUGCUGUCCACAACGACAGGACUGAUCCUUGCGGUUCGAAAUCUCGGAGGCACUGUCGGGCUAGCCAUCUACAACGCUAUCUUCAACCACUGCAUUACCUCUAAUCUGGCGUCCAAGGUGGCCGCGGCCACGUUACCACUGGGUCUACCAGAAACCUCUCUAAGUCUGCUAGUUGAUGUUUUAAACUCUGGGAACCUUGAAGCCUUGUCCACUGUUCCUGGCAUUACAUCAGCGAUUAAAUCCGCGGCGGAAAUCGCUCAACUUCAGACGUACGUGAUCGCAUACCGAUACGUCUGGGUGGCCGCAGGAGCCUUUUCAGCUAGCGCGCUCGUUGCCACAUUUUUUAUCGUCGAACGCAAAACUGACUUCAACGCACAUGUUGAUGCACCCGUGGAGGACAACAUCCACAAAUCCGCCUACUUAGAAAAGGCAUAAACU